AUGCUGAGCCUCACCCGCGUUACGCUGGCCACCCACACCGCCCGCCUGUCGUCGACUCUGGUUGCCACCACCUCCAAGGGCGGUAACACUCUCAAGUUCUUUGACACUGAGAACAAGCACAUGCAGCAGGUUGAGCUGGACGAAGUGGCGCCUGCUGUGGCCGAGGGCUCGUUUGUGGCGCCGAACGCUACCCUGGCCGGCAAGGUCGCCGUCUACGACGGGGCGUCGGUGUGGUACAACGCGGCCAUCGAGGCUGAUGCGCAUCCGGCGGUGCUCGGCUUCAAGUCGGCUCUGCUUGAUGGUGCGGUGCUGCAGUCCACGGCCGACACGCCGGCCUCGGUUGGCCACUUUGCCACCAUCGGUGCCAACGCGGUCGUGUCGGGCGCUUCCGUCGGCGAUUCGGUCGUCGUCGGCUCAUCGGCCUCGAUCGGCGAGGGCGCAGUCGUCGGCUCGGGUGCGGUCAUCCAGGACGGUGCUGCUGUGGCGCCGGGCACCCACGUGCCUGCUGGUGAGGUGUGGGGCGGAUCGCCGGCCCAGUUUGUUCGCAAGGCCUCCGAGGGCGACGCCAUCAACGCCGCCGGCCUGUACGAGGCCAACGCUGCCAAGGCCCAGGCCCACGCCAGCGAGUUUGUCUUCUCCACCGAGAUGUCGCUCCUCUCGCCGCAGUCGUCCGAGAACACUGGCGUGGUGGGCCUCCACUCCAAGCCGACGGAAGAGCUUGCGCUGGAUGCGCCCUUCCGCCCUGUCCGCUUCUCCAAGGUCUACCACUCGCUCCAGCACAAGCCCUGGGCUGACCACUAUGUCCCCUACACCGACAUGGUCCGCAAGCUCGCCGCCCUUGUUUCCGUCGAAGCCGCCACUCUCUCCGAAGCCGGCGCCUCCGAUCCUCCGCUCCCGCUCAAUCUCAUCGAGCGAGUCGCUCUGCCCGAUGAGCAUCCGGCCGGCGCAGAUCUGGAGGAGGUCAUGCCCGAGCUGGACGACGUCGACAUCGAUCCCGAGACAAAGAGCUUCCGCAGGUGGAUCGCAGAUCUCGAGGCCUCGCGCAAGGCCGUGGCUAGCUUCAUCGAGGGCAAUCUUGAUGACCUACGCGCCUUUAUUGCCCGGCGCAAGCUCCUUCUCGAGCGUAUCGAGGCCGGCACAGAGCCGGCCGUCGACGACGACAGCGCCCACGACGCCCUCGUCGACGAGCUCGCCGGUGACAACACCGUCGGCGACACUGCUGCCCGCCUCCACGAGUUUAUCGACCUCAAUGCUGAGGCCCUCACCCGCCUCUGUCGCUCGUACGAGGCCCUUGUCGGCACCCCGCACGAGGUUGUCCACGCCAUCGAGGUCAUGCAGGCCGACACCAACACUGCCAUCUCCGCCCUCGUCGUCACAGACCACACCAUCCGCGUCAAGCUUCUCGAGGCCCUCGUCGCCGCUCCCUCGCGCCAGUCCUCGCCCGAGCCAGCCUCGACCCCUGCGUCCUCGUCGGUGCCCACCGGCCUCGCCUGGCGCGCCGUCGACGCCGUCGUCGUCGACGAGCUCGACCUCGACUCACUCGCCCUCGGCAAGACACAUAAGAUCUGGGUCCGCAUCAUCGACACCGCCGUCGGUAUUCCGCUCAAGGUCCCCGUCCUCGUCGCCCGCGGCAAGCUGCCGGGCAAGAUCCUUGGCCUCACCGCUGCCCUCCAUGGCAACGAGGUCAACGGCAUCCCGGUCAUCCAGUCUGUCUUCUCGCUCCUCAACCCUGCAAAGCUUUGUGGCACCGUCGUCGGCGUCCUCGUCGCAAACGUCGUCGGCUACGAGGAGUCCACCCGCGGCAUGGGCCUCCGCGGCAAGGACCUCAACCGCUGCUUCCCCGGCCGCCCUGACGGCGACUGCGAGGCGCAGUACGUCUACUGGCUCUUCCAGAAGAUCAUUGCAAAGUUUGAGGUCCUCAUCGACCUCCACACCGCCUCACAGGGCCGCGAGAACUCGCUCUACGUCCGCGCCUCCAUGAACAACGACGAGGUCGCCGCCAUCGCCCAGCUCCAAAAGUCGCAGAUCAUCGUCCACAACACCUCGCCCGACGGCUCGCUCCGCGCAGCCGCCAUGGCCGAAGGCAUCCCUGCCAUCACCGUCGAAAUCGGCGACUGCUCCGUCCUCCAGCCGCGCUUCGUCUCACACGCCCGCCGCGGCAUCUUCAACAUCCUCUCCUACUACUCUAUUAUCGCUGCUCCCAUUGUUUCUUACGGCGACCGCGACACCGUCGUCUGCGGCAAGUCCUCCUGGAUUUACACCCCAGUCGGCGGCAUGCUCCGCAUCUACCCACGUCUCACCCAGUGGGUCGAGGAGGGUGAGGAAAUUGCUGUCAUUCGCUCUGUCUUUGGCGCUAUCGUCCACCGCGUCCCCGCGCCCUGCCGCGGCAUCAUCAUCGGCCGUGCAACAAACCCGGUCGCCCGCGCCGGCGACCGUAUCGUCCACAUCGGAACAGUCGUGUCCUCAUUCGCCGCAGAGUCGCACGACGGCCACGAGUAG